AUGCUUGAGCCUGGAGAGGCGAUUCCUAUGGGUACAAAAUCCAUCAAACAGAUGACAAGUUUUAGACUGCUAAUGCUUCGUGACAAACAUUUAUCUGGAUGCCCCGAGAAUCUUCGGAAUGAUAUAAAGUGGCUCUGUGGGCAAGAAAACAACUUGCCAGCAACUGCAGAGAGAUAUGGUCCUGCGCAGCCUAGUAUUCAUGAUUCCAGUCACGCCAACCCUGCUAAGAAUGAGAAGCAUCAUGGUCCGAUUGAAACGAUCUUCUUUAGAUUUCGAUGCAAAGGGGCAGCAUCGAGAAUCUGGAAAAUUAAUUGCAGAGAUACUCUGCCAAACUUUAAAUGUAUUGUGGGUACCCCACAUAAGCUUGCCCAGUUUUUAUGCCUCAGUGGCAAAUGUGUCAUGGCUAUCGUUCAUUACAGUGGCAAAUGUGUCAUAACUAUCUUUCAUUACAGUGGCAAAUGUGUCGUGGCCAUUGUGCGUAAGCUUACCAAGGGUUAUCGUCAUUUCAGUGGCAAAUGUGUCAUGGCUAUCGUGCGUAAGCUUACCCAGUGUUUAUGCUUAAGACACAAGCGUUUUGACAGUGAUAUGCUGUUGGAGGAAUAUUCGGUAUAUCCUCGUCUUUCUGACAGCUUUAUUUCUCAUCACUUCAUUUUACUGAAAUGCUUGCUGAUAAAUUUUGCUUCUCAGGUAUUCAAAAAAUAUUCAAAGGCAGAGCUGGGUCGUGCAACUAAUGAUUUCCGCGAUGAGAUUGGAAGGGGCGGUGCUGGUUCAGUGUAUCGUGGGAAACUGGAUGAUGGGCAGGAAGUGGCCAUCAAGUGGGCAAAUGUAAUUGAAGAUGGAUGGGGAUACAAGAUGUUCAUCAGCGAGAUCCAAACUCUCCGUCAUUACCGUCAUAACAAUGUUAUUCGGUUGUUGGGAUUUCACGCAAGACGUAGUGAGUGCGCCCUAGUCUACGAGUACAUGAACAAUGGCUCGCUGUACUCACACCUUCACACUAUCAGAAACCCAACUUUCAUGUUGUGGAAUGCACGGAUCAAGGUGGCACUGGAUGUCGCUAGGGGAAUUGAGUACUUGCAUGAAUUUGCAGGUCCUCGAAUUGUACACCGAGACAUCAAGUCAGCAAACAUCUUGCUAGAUGAAAACUGGACUGCCAAACUUUCAGAUUUUGGACUCUCCGUACUUCUUCCCAAGGGUGUAGAUGAGUUUGAGCAGGAUCGGGUUGCUGGCACCCUUGGUUAUCUGGAUCCAGAAUAUUUCCACACCCGAAUGCUAACGACUAAGAGCGACGUGUAUGCCUAUGGCAUUGUGUUGCUUGAGUUGUUAUCUGGAUGCAAAGUACUGGAUAGGAAUGAAGAUGGCGAGAGAUUGAUAGUGAACACCAUAGUUCCAUGCAUCCUUCAGGGCAACAUCGGCCAGGCUCUGGACCCAUACAUGCCAACUCCGGCCCCGUUCGAGAUGAUUGCAGUGGAAGAUAUGGCUAACCUCGCUGUGGAUUGUGUUCGGGGACGAGCUUUUGACCGGGCCUCGAUGAGUUGUGUAGUGGACCGCCUAAGAAGUGCUUUGGCUCAAUUCCCAUCCGAAUUGAGUGAUAACACGGAAACUAGUAGAUCUUGCAAAUCAAGUCCAUAUACUCAUCUCCCGUUGAGUGGAGAAAAUAUUCAGUAG